AUUCUCUGCUUCUCUCUGAAUAAACUUGCCAUGGUUUACUCUCAGAAAUUACAAACAGAGGCCUCUCAGUCGUCGGCUUCCGGUCCUAUGUUUUCCGGCAAUGCGACGACUAUCCUACGCCGGAUGCUAGCGGAGAGGAGAAUUGGCAGCUUUCAGGUGGAGAAUCAGAGAAAGAAAGAGAAGUUAGAUAAGACAUUAAAGGGUCUGUGUGUUACUGGGAGAUUGAAAGAAGCUGUUGGGUUGUUAUGGCGUAGCGGGUUGCAAGUCGAGCCCGAGACUUAUGCUGUGCUGUUGCAGGAAUGUAAACAAAGGAAGGAAUAUACAAAAGGGAAACGGAUUCAUGCUCAGAUGGUUGUUGUAGGAUUUGCUCCUAAUGAGUAUUUGAAAGUUAAGUUGUUGAUACUUUACGCCUUAUCAGGGGAUCUUCAAACCGCUGGGAUUCUCUUUCGUAGUUUGGAGAUUAGAGAUUUGAUCCCGUGGAAUGCGAUGAUAUCUGGUUUUGUGCAAAAGGGUCUUGAACAAGAAGGCCUUUAUAUUUAUUAUGAUAUGAGACAGAACGGAAUAGUUCCUGAUCAGUAUACUUUUGCUUCAGUGUUUAGAGCUUGUUCUGCGUUAGCAUCGUUGGAACACGGAAAGAGAGCUCACGCUGUGCUGAUAAAGAGACAUAUUAAGUCGAACAUUAUAGUUGAUAGUGCCCUAGUUGAUAUGUACUUUAAAUGCAGCAGCUUCUCUGAUGGCCACAAAGUAUUUGAUCAAUUGUCCACUAGAAAUGUGAUUACGUGGACCUCAUUGAUGUCUGGCUAUGGAUAUCACGGAAAAGUUUCAGAGGUGUUAAAAUGUUUUGAUAAAAUGAAGGAAGAAGGUUGUAGACCAAAUCCGGUUACAUUUUUGGUGGUUCUCACUGCGUGUAACCAUGGAGGUUUAGUUGAUAAAGGUUGGGAGCAUUUCAAUUCUAUGAGGAGAGAUUACGGGAUUGAACCUGAGGGACAACACUAUGCGGCUAUGGUUGAUACGUUAGGGCGUGCUGGUAGGCUACAAGAAGCGUACGAAUUUGUAAUGAAGUCACCAUGCAAGGAGCAUGCUCCGGUAUGGGGUUCUUUACUUGGGGCUUGCAGGAUUCAUGGGAAUGUGAAACUGCUAGAACUCGCAGCUACAAAAUUUUUGGAGUUGGAUCCAACGAAUGGGGGGAAUUACGUGGUGUUUGCCAAUGGAUACGCGAGUUGUGGAUUCCGUGAUGCUGCUUCAAAGGUUAGGAGGAGGAUGGAGAACGCAGGAGUUAAAAAAGAUCCCGGGUAUAGCCAGAUCGAAUUACAAGGGGAAGUUCAUAGAUUCAUGAAAGAUGAUACGUCUCACAAACUCUCAGGAAAGAUAUACAAGAAUGUCCACGAGAUGACUUCAUUCUUUAUGGAUAUUGACUACUAUCCAGAUGACUUAGACUCUUGCUGUCCUGUUUGAUGGACUGAUAUGUCGUCUUGUCUUGCAUUGUUUGACCGCGCUGAAAGAAAUUUGUUUCCAACGAUACUGUUGCAGUUUCUCAUAUUAAGCCUGGAAGAGAGAAAAGGCAUGCUGUGGAGUCAAAUAUUGGGUGAUUAUGGAGAAACUCCAGUGCUAGACUCUGCCAAAUCUGUUGUGGUUCAGACACAAGUUUUGAUUUGGACGGGCAUUAACAAAUUGGUUGGUAGAAU